AUGGCUUCAUGCCUCAGUUCACCAGGCCGGGUUCAGAAAGAGCAAGUAUAUCGAGGCCUCGAGACUCGAGCCAUUGCCCCGGCGCAGGACCACCAACAACCCAGCUUCGGAGAUAGAGCGGUUGGCGACGUUAGAGUCAAGCCAAGACAAUCAACACUAGAUGCCUUGCAGCGAGAAAGAGAGACACAUCUGCAGCUAACACCAAUGCCUUCCACGCCACCUCCUCGCUCGCUAGCUCCAUCGGACCUCUCGCCGGCUACUCUAUCUGUGUGGAGAAGACUAUUCUCAAGCCCACCCGUACCCCUAGAAUUUCCAGACGAAAAUCGACCACCCGGAAGUUUGGCUCUCGGAAUAACCGGCAGCCCUAACGCUGGCCGAACGCAACCCUACGGCCGAAAGAGAAUCCUGACAGCUAAAGGGGCCCAAGGUAGCUCCUCGGGCUUGCUCAUCGAUGAAAAAGACAAACUUACUCCAGCCUCAGAUACGGAGGGGACGAAGGAUCACAAGAAGAAGAAGGGAAAACAAAAUCACACGAGGUCUCAAAUUCCUGGAGAUGAAUGUCCAAGUCAGAUUACAGCAUCGUCUCUUCCGCUUGCUCAACAAGGGGCAGGAAAGUCGACAAUCGCUUCUGAUUCCAAUGCUUCUGACACAAAUCCCAAUCCCAGUUCAGCGAGGAACUGUGAUACAGACGUCGAUGCUCAAUUCUCUGGUCAUAGCAAGCUAGAGCCGCCUUUGCUUGCUCAAGUGUCUUCUAAUCAACACCCCGCAGCAAAGCUAUUAGGUGUUUCUAAAUCCAAUGAUUCAGAUACAGAUUCCGAUACGACAAGUGACUCUGAUAUAGACUUCGAUGCCGAACUUUUUGGUCAUCUCAAGGAGGAGCCGCCAAAGCCAGCUCGGAUGGUGUAUCGCGGUUAUCUUCCACCUUGUGGUGGCGACUAUAAUUACCUUGAUUAUUGGGAUGCUAGUGUCCGUGAUCAUGAGAGGCUUUUGCAUCAAACCCAGCGGCGAAGUGGGCGAAUACUAUCGUAA